CACACACACACACAAGUAGAUACCACAAUGGAGAAGACAAAGUCAGGAUGUGACAUCAACACAGGAAGAGAAGCCAAAACAAGUUUUUUUUUUCUCUUUUUCGCCGUGUUGGAGCCUCUCAGACUGUUAGGAUCAGAAUAGAGGAAAGCUGGAACUGACCUCCACAAGGAGUUGAAUCCUCCCUGAACUUUCCACAGAUUCCCACCACAUUCCGUACUCGACUGUGGGAAUUCAGUCAGGUCGUGUCGAUUCCUCGGUCGGUGAAGACCAGAGAAGUGUGCAUGCAGACGCGAGAGGACACGCUUCAGGCUGGUGAGGCGUGAAGAAAAAAUAUCCUCCCAAACAUCAAGUCCCUGCAAUCUCUUCAUGAAAGACACGGACCCCUCCUGACCCGUUUCAGCCGUCCUGUCCCCUCUCAGGAAGAUUGGAAUUUCAGUCAGACCCAAGUGUUAUUCUGGAGAGGAAAGUCAAUGGCGCUCUGUCUCGGACAAGUGUUCAGCAAAGACAAAACCUUUAGGCCGAAGAAACGGUUCGAACCCGGCACUCAGCGUUUUGAACUCUACAAGAAGGCCCAGGCUUCGCUCAAGUCAGGCUUGGACCUGCGGAAAGUGGUUCAGCUGCCAGAGGGGGAGAGCCUCAACGACUGGAUCGCAGUUCACGUUGUGGAUUUCUUCAACAGGAUAAACCUGAUCUACGGCACCAUGAGCGAGUACUGCACGGAGCGCACAUGUCCCAUCAUGUCUGGGGGGCUGAAGUACGAGUACAGAUGGCGGGACGGCGACGACUACAAAAAACCCACCAAGUUGCCCGCCCUGAAGUACAUGAACCUGCUGAUGGACUGGAUCGAGUCGCUCAUCAACGAUGAAGACAUCUUUCCCACCAGAGUAGGUGUACCUUUCCCCAAGAACUUCCAGCAGGUGUGCAAGAAGAUCCUGAGCCGUCUUUUUAGGGUCUUUGUGCACGUUUACAUCCACCACUUUGACAGCAUCUGCAGUAUGGGUGCGGAGGCCCACAUCAACACCUGUUACAAACACUACUACUUCUUCAUCUCAGAGUUCAACCUCAUUGACAACUCUGAGCUUGAACCGCUGAGAGAGAUGACGGAGAAGAUAUGCAACUAACCCCUAAGGACAAAAGAGACGUGAAAAUAUUAUCUGAGCCUCAAGAAGAAACAGCCGUUUCCUCAAAACUCUUUAUACAUUUCUUUAUGCACUCAUGUUUGUUAUUUUUGUAAACAUUGUCAGUAAGAUUUUUAAACUUAUCAGUUUUCUUCAGAUGGAAAAACUGUGCCUUCAUUGAAAAUGUUUUAAUCCAUACUUGUGGUGCUUAGAUGUCUUUAUGAAUUCAAACAUUUCCAUUUCAAACAUCUCUUCAUUGUGUUCCAUUCUGUGUGUGUGUGUUCUGAUCAACAGUGUUUGUUUACUAGAAUGACUGAGUUGGUUUUUUCAACUAAGUGUGUUACAUAAAAAUGUGUAGUGCUUAUAAAAUUUUAAAUUGACUAUU